CAGGGACCGUACCGGGGAGGGCCGGCGGCAGCCAUGGCGCGCAAGGACACAGUGCCGCUUGUCACUGCUUCCGGCUUCGUGGUGGCGUCGCUGCUGCUCCUGCUCUGCGCCACUCGCUGCGAAGCGAGGGUCAUGGCGGCGAGCAGGAGCAGGAGCAGGAGCACCAGCCCGCUGCUCAACGUGCUGUUCAAGCUCAACUUCAUCCGCACGGUGGAGCCACCGCGCCGACUUCCCACUCCGACCGCCGACGCCACCGUCAGCCUCGCCGCGGGCGACACCAACUCGCCGUUCUGCGUCAACCCACCAGACGCGCCGUCGUCCACGACGCCUCCGUCCACGUCAUCCACGUCAUCCACGACGCCUCCGUCCACGUCGUCCACGCCUUCGUUGCCGGGCCAGGCCCAGGCGCCGCCGCUGCCGCCGAUCACCCCCGUGCCGCCGUCCUUCGAGCCCAGCCCGCCGGAGAACGGCGCCCCGGGUGGAGGCCAGGGAGGAGGAGAUCAAGGCCAGGGAGGAGGAGGUCAAGGCCAGGGAGGCCCACCGGCAUCCACGACACCGAACUCGCCGCCGCAGGCAGGUCCGGGAGCGCCGUUUGGGUCGGUGCCGCCGAGCCCCAUCGUCAUGGUGCCGAGCCCGCCAGGAUUCGGCCCUGGUCCCGGCUCCGGCUCAGGCGGUGGCUCGGGAUCCGGCGACGGCGGCGGCCCGUUCCAGCCGCCGAUCGUGUACCCACCUCCGCUGGCGCCGCCGAUGCUGCCGGGCGCCGGGCAGACGCUGUGGUGCGUGGCCAAGCCCACGGUGCCGGACCCCAUCAUCCAGGAGGCCAUGGACUACGCGUGCGGCUCCGGCGCCGAGUGCGACUCCAUCCUGCCCAGCGGCGCGUGCUACCACCCCAACACCGUGCUCGCGCACGCCUCCUUCGCGUUCAACAGCUACUGGCAGCAGAACAAGGCGACCGGCGGCACCGCCACCAUUAUCACCAGAGACCCGAGCUACGAGAAGUGCAAAUUUGACCUUCUGUGACGAGGGAGGGUACGUAGAUAUGCAGGAGAACAGACUGCAGAUACCAAAUUUUUUCCCCAAGCUUCAGUUGGAGUUAACAUUCAUUUUGCUUCUAGGCCACACCGAUGCACAUUUUGUAACUAGCUCUUCUUCACUAGUAUGGUUUUGAAUUUUGUAAGCCUGAUACUGCGCAAAAGGGGAAACUAAAGGUGAUUCCUUGACAUAUUUGAUAUACAAGCUCUUGCUCAGACUGC